ACCAGAUGAAAGAGGAAGAACAUGAGAGCCAUGAUAUGGUUGGAGCCAAAUGGCAAUGCCCAUUUCUUGACCAAAUUAAGCAUCAGCAGAGAGCUCUGCGUCCUCCAUUAUUCCCUUUCACUCAGAGUACAGAAUUCUGACUCUUCAAAUAAUUCAACCUCCACACCAUUCUCUGAGCUCUGGUCCACCAUUCCACCCCCCCUCCUCCUCGCUCUAAACCAUGGGAGUGAAGCCUUGAUUCUUUCAAGAAUGUAGUUACUGGAUGAACAUCCUCUGUACUUUUUUUCCACUGUCUCUAAAAGAAUCGAAUCGUCUGGAAAAAGGAAAACAAAGGGUUGUUGACCAAAGGAGUGCUGGAAAUUCGAUUUGAUCAGUCGUUUUUUCAGUGUAGAAUCUGAACAUUUUUCUGGGUUUUGAGCCGGCGGCGAUAUGGGCGGCGUUACCUCAUCCAUGGCGGCCAAGUUUGCCUUCUUCCCGCCGAACCCACCUUCGUACAAGCUCAUCACCGAUGAUCUUACUGGCCUUUUGCUUCUCAGCCCUUUCCCUCAUCGCGAAAAUGUUGAAGUUCUGAAACUGCCCACUCGCCGGAGCACUGAUAUCGUUGCAAUCUAUGUCCGGCAUCCGAUGGCAACUUCGACUCUGCUCUAUUCUCAUGGCAACGCCGCCGAUCUGGGCCAAAUGUAUGAGCUCUUCAUCGAGCUUAGCAUUCACCUGCGUGUUAAUCUAAUGGGGUACGAUUAUUCGGGUUACGGUCAAUCAUCAGGAAAGCCAUCUGAGCAAAAUACAUAUGCAGAUAUUGAGGCUGCAUAUAAGUGUCUUGAAGAAAGCUAUGGAACCAAGCAGGAAGACAUCAUCCUAUAUGGUCAAUCUGUUGGGAGUGGUCCGACUUUGGAUCUUGCAGCCCGACUUCCUCGACUAAGAGCUACCGUUUUGCACAGUCCAAUACUUUCUGGCCUACGAGUCAUGUAUCCUGUGAAACGCUCUUACUGGUUCGAUAUCUAUAAGAAUAUCGACAAAGUUUCGCAGGUUAAUUGCCCUAUUCUCAUCAUUCAUGGAACUUCAGAUGAUGUGGUUGAUUGCUCUCAUGGCAAGCAACUUUGGGAACUUUGUAAAGAAAAAUAUGAACCAUUGUGGCUAAAAGGAGGAAACCACUGUAAUCUGGAGCUCUAUCCUGAGUAUAUCAGACAUCUAAAGAAGUUUGUAUUAACAGUUGAGAAACCGCCUUCUCAGCGAUACAGUACUAGAAUGAGUACAGACCAAUAUGAGCAGCCACGAAAGAGCACCGAGUUUUUCGAGAUUCCAAGGAAGAGUACAGAUAGGAGAGAAAAACCGAGGCGGAGCAUGGAUCAACCAGAGAAGCUGAAGAAUCACUCUGAUAAGUUAGACAAGUUUAGACUCUCCUUUAACCAUGGGGAAAGGUCUCGCAGGAGCGUUGAUUGUCAUGAAAAGUCACGGAAAAGCAUCGAUCACCAGCUGGAAAGAGCAAGAAAAAGCGUCGAUCGGCUCGAUAGAAUACGAACCGGGUGACAAAGACAAGAAUCCAAGAUGUAGGGAUGAUUAUUACAGAGAAGCCAUAGUCAAAGGUUGAUGAUGACAACGACAAUGACGACGAACAAUUGUUUAUGUAAUCCGAAAAGGUGUUGGGAGCUAAAGACAUGGUGGCUUUUGGAAGAUGGGAAGAACAAGAGAAAAAGGAGCAUGCGCAGCUCAGCAUGAUAUGAAGAAGGCUCUGCAUUGGCAGCAAAUUGGAGGUGAGGAUUUGACUUUCUGUCUUUUUCAAACUUUUCUUCUGCACAAUCUGUGUGAUGUCUGGUCUCCUAACACACCAUUUUGAAAUGCUUUCAAAGUUUGUCCC